AUGUAGUUUAUGGUUCAACUGUAAAUGCUGUAAAGUUUUCCUGUUGUUUAUCACAGUAUUAAAUUUUCACUCGCACAACGAUUAGAGCAAUAGAAGUAUUUGAUCAUCAUUAUCAAAACAGGGAAUUUUGAAGAAAAUGGUCUGUGAAAAGUGCGAGAAGAAACUGGGGAAGGUGAUAACACCAGAUCCUUGGAAAAACGGUGCAAGAAAUACAGUGGAAAGUGGAGGACGUAAAGUUGGUGAAAAUAAAGCACUCUCUGCAGGAAAAGCAAGGUUUAAUCCUUAUACAGCUACCUUUGAGACCUGCAGGAUAUGCAGACAAAAAGUACACCAGGUUGGCUCGCAUUAUUGUCAAUCCUGUGCAUAUAAAAAAGCCAUUUGUGCCAUGUGCGGUAAAAAGUUGAUGAGUACAAAGAAUUACAAACAAUCUGCAACUUAAUGUGUAACAUAAAAGACUAUUUGUUUGUGAAUUUGUAUCAUAAUAUUGAAAAAGUACUGACCAUUUUAUAUAUAACUAGAUAAAAAUUCUUCAGAUUUGUAUAGUUAUUUUAAGCAAGUUAACUAUCGUAUAUAGAUUUCCAUACAUAGAAAUUAAUAAGAAUUUAAUGAUUGGCUUUAAUGAACUAAAUAUAUAGAAUAUAU